AAGUGGAGCAGAUCGAGGCCAUUGCCAAGUUUGACUAUGUGGGUCGGUCCCCUCGUGAGCUGUCUUUCAAGAAGGGGGCGUCCCUGCUCCUCUACCACCGUGCCUCAGAGGACUGGUGGGAGGGUCGGCACAACGGUGUGGAUGGACUCAUCCCUCAUCAGUACAUAGUUGUACAAGACAUGGACGAUGCCUUCUCUGACAGCUUGAGCCAGAAGGCUGACAGCGAGGCCAGCAGUGGGCCUCUGCUGGAUGACAAGGCCUCCUCCAAGAAUGACCUCCAGUCUCCCACAGAGCACAUCUCGGAUUAUGGCUUUGGGGGGGUGAUGGGCCGGUAGGAAAUGCGGGUUCAUUUUUUUUCUUUCCUGUCAGUGCCUUGUGGGUUGUGUCUGAGUUGAGAGAAGCAAGAGGGUGGCAAAGAGAGGGGGAGGCUGUUGUAGCCUUUGCUCCCACAGCUGUGAUGUAGGUGGGCUGGCUGGACCCGGCUCAGAGAGCCAAGUCCAAAAUGAGCUGACUUUGUUUGGGUAGUGGGUGGAGAAGGAAAAGGGCAGAUGAACUUAGGGAACUCGAUGCUUUUUACUUAAUAAUGACAGGCCAGUCAUUACAUGGUGAGACUCUGCCUCAAAAAAAGUAACAAUGAUGAUGAUGUAAGUAAGAGAGAAAUUGGCAUUAUUUCCCCCCUUCUCUACACCUUUUCCCAGCUUUCUGUUAAAGACCUGAGUUGUUAUACGUAUCUUAAAAAAUGUAAAGUAGCUCAUAUACUUCUUGAAAUAUAUUACAUAAACAGAGAACUCACACCUA